CUUCUCCUCACUCAUCCGCUCUCUCAUUCUCCAGCCAGAGUUGAGGACGACAACAAGCCUUCUUCAGAAUGACUUCUUCUUUUUCCACCCGCACCUACAUGUCUUCAGGAAGUUCUUCCCAAUUUGGUGGAGGAGCUGGUCGUGUCACAGCCAUGCGUGCUGGUAGUGUCUAUGGAGGAGCAGGAGGAACCGGGGUCCGUAUCUCCAGUUCCUCUGCUUCUCGUUCCUUCUCUGCUGGUGGUGGUUCUGGUUUCGGUGCUGGCGCUGGCUUCAACCUGUCUGAUGCUGUUGAUGUGACUGCAAAUGAGAAAGCCACCAUGCAAAACCUCAACGACCGUCUGGCGUCCUACCUGGAGAAGGUGCGCUCCCUCGAGAAGGCCAAUGCUGAUAUUGAGCUGAAGAUUCGCCAGUUCCUGGAGAGCAAGGCCACUCCUGCUGCUCGAGACUACAGCGCCUACUACGCUACUAUCAGUGACCUCCAGACCAAGAUUCAGCAUGCCACUGGUGUGAAUGGAGGCAUCUACUUGAGCAUUGACAAUGCCAAGCUGGCUGCAGAUGACUUCAGGGUCAAAUAUGAGAAUGAGCUGAGCAUGAGGCAGUCUGUAGAGGCAGACAUUGCUGGCCUGAGGAGGGUGCUGGAUGAGCUGACAAUGACCAGAUCUGAUCUGGAGUUGCAGAUUGAGGGUCUAAAAGAAGAACUGAUCUUCCUCAAAAAGAACCAUGAGGAGGAACUCUUGGCAGUACGCUCCCAGAUGAGUGGACAAGUCAACGUAGAGGUAGAUGCAGCACCACAGGAAGACCUGACCAAGAUCAUGGCUGAAAUCCGUGAGCAAUACGAGGCAGUUGCUGCCAAGAACCGCAAAGAACUUGAGGCCUGGUUCCAUUCUAAGAGUGAAGAACUUACCCAGGUAGUUACCGUGACCACAGAAACCCUUCAAAUAUCCCGAUCUAAAAUCACGGAGGGUAAACGCACACUCCAGAGUCUUCAAAUCGAGCUACAGUCCCAACUCAGCAUGAAAGCGUCGCUGGAAGGCACUUUGGCAGACACACAGGCCCGCUACAGUGCCAUGUUGUCUAGCUACCAGUUCCAGGUGACCAGCCUGGAAGAGCAGCUGAUGCAGCUUCGUGCCGAUCUCGAGCGCCAAGGGCAAGAGUACAGCAUCCUUCUGGACAUCAAGACCAAACUGGAGAUGGAGAUUGCAGAGUACAGGAGACUUCUGGAUGGAGAGGCUAUAAGUGUCUCAACCUCAAGCUCAAGCUCAUCCUCGACUACACGCAAAGUGGUAACCAUUGUGGAAGAGGUGGUGGAUGGUAAAGUGGUCAGCUCAUCCUCCCAGUCUAAAAGCGAGACUGUGUCAAAAACAUCCUAACUCAUAGUAAUGAAAUCAAUAAACUGCACUGGCUGUGCACAAACUAUGCA